CGAUGAGAGCCAAUCACGAGCGUGAAAACGGUCAUUACCGGCGCCUAGAACAUGAUAAUGUCAAGAUGAAUCACCUAGAGAGUGGCGUGUUUUCAAGAGUUCGUGUUGCCUGUAAAUAUAGGUUUGGAACAGAAGACGGUGGGUGCCUUGAGAUCUCUAGUCGGGCAUACUUGAAUUUGCUCAGCUGACGAAACGCACGCGCCAGAUUGAAGAAUCCUUGAGUACUAGUGGUUGUAGAAUAGUUUAGACAACUUCAUCUUGCGAAGACUUGACUAUCCAAGAUUUCCGGUGACCAACUAAUAGUAAAUUAAAUAGUUUCGUUUUACACCAACCAAAAUUUCACCAUUCAGGAGUAAGCCCAUGAAGCAAUCAUAACUCAUGAUUGUAGGCCACAUGAACGACAGUGUGGCGGGUCCCCACCUCUCUGUAGUUUCGAACAUGCUGUCUCAGAGUUCAUGCCCCAGCGUCAACCCUUCAUCCCCCAGUCCCAUGCUCCCAUCGUUUGGAUUCACACAAGAGCAGGUAGCUUGUGUCUGUGAAGUGCUUCAACAGUCCGGUAACAUCGAAAGGCUCGGCCGGUUCCUUUGGUCACUACCGGCCUGCGAACAUCUUCAGAAGAAUGAGAGUGUGCUGAAGGCUAAAGCUCUGGUAGCCUUUCAUCGAGGCAACUUCAAGGAACUGUAUCGAAUUCUGGAGAGUCACAACUUCUCGCCAGCGUCCCACUCGAAACUCCAAGGGCUUUGGCUCCAAGCCCAUUACACCGAAGCCGAGAGGAUCCGCGGCCGGCCACUGGGAGCGGUCGGCAAGUACCGGAUCCGCCGAAAGUUCCCGUUACCUCGAACGAUCUGGGACGGGGAAGAGACUAGUUAUUGCUUCAAAGAGAAGUCACGCAACAUACUUCGAGACUGGUACUCGCAUAAUCCCUACCCCUCGCCACGUGAGAAGCGUGAGCUAGCCGAGGCCACUGGACUGACGACCACUCAAGUCAGCAACUGGUUCAAAAACAGAAGGCAAAGGGACAGAGCGGCAGAAACAAAGGACAGGGACGUUGGUGAGAAGGGGAAGAAUUCCGAUUCGACCAAAGGCACGGGAGCAGAAAGUUCCGAAAAAGACGACCACCAAACGGGAACAGACCAUCGGCAGAACUCCGACUCCGAGCCAGCUAGUAGUUCCGAUGGCAUCUUCCCCACAGAGCUCAAAUCAGCAAGCAUGAAUGUUGCGGCUCCUAGUCCGAUAUUACACCAUCACCCCGUCGCCACAAUCUCGCCAGCUUCGUCGGUUGGAAUCCCUCAAACCGUCGCCCUAGGUGGCGCUUUCCGUCUAAACCACCCGCCGGAGUUUUCGACAACGAUGCACGGAACGCUGUUACACCCGCAGCUUGGAGAUUUCGGGUUAGGCUUACCAACGGAUUAUCAUGCUUUAUGACGGUCAGUGGCGGGGACUGUCCGAUUGUAAAGCCAAGGUGUCCGGCCAGGACCCGCCGCCACCCAGUACUGUAAGCUCCUCUGUGCUUUUUCAUUCCCUCAUUAGAAUCCGCAGUGUGGGCUGAUGCUUUGUACUUUUCGAUUAUUUAUGAAAUAGACAACGUGUCGCUAGCAGCCGCCAUGUUUGUACAUGUAAUGUAAAGUUCUGAUAUACUUGUGGUAACGCUUUUUACAUAUACUUGUAAGAAAACAAAGUCAUUUCACAACACGUUUCUGAAGAUAUCGACAGUGAAUAAAUAAUGGGAUUUAUGCCUUCACACAUCUUACAUAUGCACAUGUUCGGUAUUUAGAAGUUUUAAAAAGUAUAUCGAUCACCGUAAUAGCUAAUCUGCUUAAAUUAAACUAUGAACUUAUACGUCUAAAUAAGUUUCUUAAAAGUAAAUGGGUAGAAAAAACUUACCUGUACAACAUUACAUAAUUUACAUACUGAUUUCUUCCUGAUUUUAGUAGACUAAUUAGCAGAAAAAAAAUCAUUCAGAUUUCUGUUUCAUUGUUAAAAAAAAAACAACGCGACAGCUGCAUGUAAAAAAGAAAAGGCUUUAAUACUAUGGUUUACACAAAGUACCAGAAUUUCUUUUUUCUCUGUAUCAUACCAAAGAGAGAGAAAAAAAUUAAAUGAAAAUAAGGUAACUUUUAUAUUUUAUGGAAUAUUUAGUAAAAUUUGUUAAUGUAUAAUGAUUAGAAGAAAAAAGUCUCAUAUAAUCAUGAUGACCAAAAAUAAAUAGUGUCUACUAAAUACAUUAACUAGCUCUAAACUUAUUGUGAAGAAGAAAUAAUUAAUCAUAACAAGAAAAAUUUGGUAUUAAAACUUAAGUUAGUGUUCGGUUCUUUAAAUUUUAUAUUUUUUUUGUUGAAAUUGAAAUUACUUAGCAGUUAUCGUCAAACAAGAGGGAGUGUAGAGCAGGAAGUAAGAACUUUGUUGGUUUAUACAUUAUUACCAUCAAUAAUCAAUCAAAAGAAAACAAUAGAGUCACAUUUAAUGAUUUUUUUGUUCUUUUUAACACUACGUGAUAUAGAUGAACAAUGUUGUACGUAAUUAUUCAUGGAAACCUCCUGAGUAAAAUCUGUGUCUGGAAACUAACUGAAAUCGUCAGGACAACUUGGUAUGUCUUUUGUUUUUUUCCUUAACUACAGGUUACUGAGACUAAUAGUCUGGAAAUAUAAUAAAUUAUCUCUCCUUGCGACUAAUAUAUUAGUGCCCGAUAAGGAGAGUAUAUUCUGAUAUUUUGUAUAGUGUCAACAAUUAUGGUCUUCUCAACUCUGAACUUUAUCUUCCUAUCCCUAUACCUCCUAUUGUUAGGCCUUAUUUAGCCAUAUACAUAUGUUUUUAUAAUGAACUAUUUAAAAUUCAGAAAUAAAAACAGUCACAAUGUAGCUUAAACCGAAAUGACACAAACUAGAUUUUAUCUUCAGGCUACGUAUACUUAUUUUUUUAUCUUUAGAAUAAUCACAAAUACACAUAAAUUAUACGUGUUAUCCAGCUUUACUUUCAAGGUUGUUUCAUUUCCCUUCUGUCGAAAUUUACUUCAAUAUUUGUUAUUUUUCGCAAACAUUUAGAGAAUGUUAAAAAUACCAGAUACUGUCAUCAUGGUUUUAUGUAGUCUAAGCAGAAAAUAUUUUAUACCUCCAUAAAUCUAAUAAUAAAUUAAUUUUUAAUAUGGCAUGGUUCUGCUAAUAAUUUAUCCAAAAUAUAAAAAAGGAUAAAAAGAUCAAUAAAAUAUGUAAAUGAAAACGGAACAAUUAUAAAAUAAAUAAAUAAGUAUGUUUUUUAGCAUUAUGUCUUCAGGAAAUUUAGCUUAUACCAUGAAUAAUCCAGGAUAAGCCUCUCGAAUAGUUUCAUAAUUUUCACGUAAUUUACAAUCUAUUUUUAAAAAAUCUGUUUCUCAUAAUUAUUUCUAUAUCAGGUAUGAUUUUACUUGGUUUUAGGAUGAAAGUAUUCCUAUAUCAGGUAUGAUUUUACUUGGCUUUAGGAUGAAAUUAUUCCUAUAUCAGGUAUGAUUUUACUUGGCUUUAGGAUGAAAUUAUUCCUAUAUCAGGUAUGAUUUUACUUGGUUUUAGGAUGAAAUUAUUCCUAUAUCAGGUAUGAUUUUACUUGGCUUUAGGAUGAAAUUAUUUUAAUCGUAAUAAUGUAGCUUCCAAUGUUGAUCUUUUUUACACGAAACGAAUAUAAUCUACUUUUUAAUCGACGUUUUAGCUGUAUAAUAAUAUUAUAUAAGUAUUAAAAAUGUAUUCUACAUAAUCGAUUCUUUAAACUCCAGAUUAAUGUGUACAUUUUUCUAACAUCAUUCCUCAGUUAAGUACAGCACAUGUGAAAGUUCAGUUAUUCCUUAAUAGGUAAAGAUUUUUAAGUAUUGAAUUAAUGCUUCUUGCAUUACUGAUGAUAUUCAACCAAACCGUUUCUUCAUUAAAGAUAACGCUUUAGUCGUGUUUCGUCAUGCAAACUCUGCCAAAUAUUUGUCUCUGUUUGUAUGGGUGUGAAUAGUGAUGCUCAUAUAUUACCUGGUGUGCAUAUUAUAUGUAAUUCAGCACAAAGUGUUAUGUAAAUAAACUUAAAAAUUUCUUGAAACUUACUCAGUUUAGAUUUAUUCAUUGAUUUGUCCUCUUGAAUUUAAUUUUCAUUUAAGAAAUUCUUCCAUUUCUUUAACUUUUUUUUUAAUAGAAAGCGUUAACUAUUGCAUUUGUAUAAUCUUGAAGCCUUAAACAAUCAGUCAGGAAAUACUUCAAAAUCAGAUUAAAACAAUAAACUAAAAUAUUUUCAUAUACCAUCUCUACCUGACACCACGUUAGGCUUAGCAAAAAUAUUGCUAGGCUUAACAACACAUCUUUCACUCGUUUAUGUUUCUUACUCGCAAUUACUUUUAACAGUU